CAUCUUGGAUGAGGGCGCCGAGGCGUGUAAGAGACUAUUUCGCGGCUUUAGGAAGAACGGUUUGUUUCGGGAUGCUGCCUGGUGUACUUCAGUUAACGGGCAGGCGGCUAAAGUGACGGAGAAUGCCGCGGUGACGCCGGUCGUCCUUUUUUAGCCUUUCUAAAAAAUGGCGGUAAUAGAAGGGCCGCGGUCUAUAGGUCGGUUGUAACCCGGAAGUGCCCUGUUAAAGAGGAGGCGGUGAGACAAUCCGGAAGUGGGAGUAAUGAAGAGGUGCCACUUGGCGGCCAUGGCAGCUGUAGUAUUGGCGACUCAGGGUCAGGGCCUGGCUGAGGGAAGUACCAUGGGCUACACCGGGUGUAGGGCAGAGACAGCGCUGUGUCGACUUUGCUGUUGAAUCCUCUGAUCCACUGUUAGAGACUUGCGGGACAGCUUGCUCGGCGGUAGACUCUGAAGGGAGUUUGCUGGGACUGGUGGGCUGGUCUCUUCCCUGGGGGCGGAUCACCCGCGGAGCCACCCUAGGGAACAGGUACCGCCAGAGAAGAAGACACUUGGGUUUACCUCUUGUCCCUGCUGCCACCGGGGACAUUGUCUAGGGGAGAGGGUCGUUGUGUCUUUCCUACAAUUGAAGAGAUCCCUUGUCGCACAAUUUCUCCCAUCUGUUACCUACCGGAAUCCCAGUGACUGGCAUCUAGGAACCUAAGAUUGCGCGAAGUUUUCCCUGGUGCUAGUGUCAGUAAGAAGGAGCUUGCUUCUUAAGAGAGCAGCGUGCUUCGUGAACACCCCGGCUGGUGGCAAGGCUGAAAGAAGUGGGAGACUCCCUUCUUCUCUUGGAAGACCACACGUUUAAACAGCCUAAGGCGCCUUUUCAGACCGCUGGAAUUUUGAAGCCUGGUGGUAGAGGGUGACUACAGGAGGGCAGAAUGGAUGACUUUCUCUCCAUCAGUCUGCUGUCUUUGGCAAUGCUGGUAGGAUGUUACGUGGCUGGAAUCAUUCCUUUGGCUGUUAAUUUCUCAGAGGAACGACUGAAGCUGGUGACAGUGUUGGGUGCUGGUCUUCUCUGUGGAACCGCACUGGCAGUUAUUGUGCCUGAAGGGGUGCAUGCACUUUAUGAAGAGGUUCUGGAAGGAAAACACCAUCAAGCCAGUGAAACCAAGCAGAAUGUGAUUGCAUCAGACAAAGCAGCAGAAAUACCAGUUGUCCAUGAGCAUGAGCACAGCCAUGACCACACACAGCUACAUGCGUACAUCGGCGUGUCCCUUGUACUGGGCUUUGUUUUCAUGUUGCUAGUGGACCAGAUUGGCAGCUCCCAUGUGCAUUCCACUGACGAUCCAGAAGCAGCAAGGCCUAGCAGUUCCAAAAUCACCACCACGCUGGGGCUGGUUGUCCAUGCCGCAGCGGAUGGCGUAGCUUUGGGAGCAGCAGCUUCUACUUCACAGACUAGUGUCCAGUUAAUUGUGUUCGUGGCGAUAAUGCUACACAAGGCUCCAGCAGCAUUUGGGCUGGUUUCCUUCCUGAUGCAUGCUGGCCUAGAGCGGAAUCGAAUUAGAAAGCAUUUGCUGGUAUUUGCAUUGGCAGCACCAGCCAUGUCCAUGCUGACAUACUUAGGAUUAAGUAAGAGCAGUAAAGAAGCCCUGUCAGAGGUCAAUGCCACUGGAGUGGCCAUGCUUUUCUCUGCCGGGACAUUUCUUUAUGUUGCCACCGUCCAUGUCCUCCCUGAGGUGGGUGGAAUGGGGCACAGCCACAGACCUGACAGCACUGGAGGGCGAGGCCUCAGCCGCCUUGAGGUGGCAGCCCUAGUUCUGGGUUGCCUCACACCACUCAUCCUAUCGAUAGGACACCAGCAUUAAUCGCUGAGGGCCCAGCCUCAGCUCCGGCCAUUGCCAUCCAGGAAGAAGAGCUAGCGCGUGGCGCUCCUCGCUUCCUCAGUGUCUUGUCUGACCUUGCCCAUCUCCACCCGUGUUCCUACAGUCCGAGGGAGAUGAGAGUCAGUCGUGGAAAAGUGGACUGGUGUACAGCAGGAACUUUGUAAUCAGAGACUUUGUGUUGUCUUUUAAAGGGACUGUGACAUGCUGAGUUUUGAUGUUUCUCUUAACCCUAUUCUCAGGGAAGAUGGAAUUUAGUUUUAAAGAAAAGUGGAGAACUUCAUACAAUGAAAUGGUAAUUAUGAAAAUACAGUGUUCUGUAAUUAAACUAAAGUUUUUUCCCUAAGUUUAGAGGCUCUGCCACUUUACCCAUUGGUUUUUAACAUGGUUCUCACCAUGUAAGACUGGUGCUUUAGUAUCUGUGCCACAUGCCUUGAGAGAAGGUGGCAACACCCCACCCCUUUGAUGCUAAAGGUGAUGGCAACUAAUUUGAGGUUAGAGUAAGGAAAAUAAGGGUAGGAGACACAAACUGACCUGUACCUGAAAGAGAGAUUCAUCGAAAGGAGUGUCUAGAGUCUUCAACAGCUCCUUUGCACGUGCCUCCCAGUACAGAGCCUGCCCCUCCUUCCAGUGGAGCAGUGGAGGUGGGACUAGCCUUUGAAGAAGGGCCUGGUAUCAGACAGCUUUCUUUCUUUCUUUUUAGAAAUACCCUUUGCAGAAUAUUUGCCUGCAGCGCAUUCUUAGCCAGAUUCUGUUCAGGCACAGUUCAAGAACAGUGUGAUUACAGUGAAAUUAAGAGAUGUAAAAAUUUCCAGGAAUUUGGAUAGUUACUUACAUCUCUGUAGUAACCUUUUUUAAAGUAACACUAUUAUAAAGUAUGUUAUCCUUGUCUUCUAAGUCCAGUGGUUCUCAACCUUCCAAAAGCUGUGACCCUUCCAAAUACAGUUCUUCAUGUUGUGGUGACCCCCAACCAUAAACUUAUUUUGUUGCUACUUUAUAAGUGUAGUUUUGCUACUGUUAUGAAUUGUAAUGUAAAUAUCUUGAUAAUGGGAUAUGUGAUCUCCGACCCCUAUGGGGGUCGUGACUCACAGGUUGAGAACUGCUGUUUUAAGUAUUUCUUUUAGCAGCCAGCAGUCCCUCUGGCUAAGCCCUUGUCCAGAGUGGAGAAUGUUCCUGUCUGCUCGGUAGCUCCUGUGCAGGAGAGUAGGGCUGUAUCAGAAGGCGGUGUCUGCUGCUGGCCUCAAGCUCUUUGCAGUCCUGUCGGCAUCCUACUCUUCCAGUGCUUCUCUCCCCACUGCACCCCACCCCCGUGUGCUGCUUAGUGCUCCCGGUGAUGUCAGUGCUUGUGUGAAGCGAAUUCUCAUCGGCACAACCACUUCAUGAACCGCGAUGAUGAAGACAGCACUGUCGCUGUUCAUUUUCUUCAAAUACAACUUUAUUACACCCUCAGAAAUGUCACCUCCUCGUGUGAGUUGACACAAUCACUAAUACUCUGAUAAUUUAAGCAGUUGAGAUAGCAAAAGUAUUCAACAAGGUAAUUUUUCCAUGUUUGCCAAAAUCUGUUCAAAUCCUAUUUAGUCAGAUAAGUGUAUAACGCUGUAUUAAUUUAUAUUUUCUGUAGCAUUUCAAAACACUUUACAGAAAGACGAGCCGAGACUAGUUUCUUCAGAGCAGUGGGUACAGUCAUCUGUAUUUUUCUGUGAUACCUAUGCCAGCAUGCCUGUGGUUUUUCUUAAUUUCUCUCCUAAGUUGUCACUGGGUCAGCAGCUGUGGAAUUAAACUUGUGAGCCCUCUGCUGGCUGCAGUGAAGAAAGCAGACGUGGGGUGCAGUUUAGCCAUUGCAUCCCAUGCUAACGUGUUAGGGUGCAGUGUGUGAUUAGGCACAAUUAGGCACAAACAGGUGACUCGGAAAGGUUUGGUCUCAUCUAGUCCUUCCAAAAUAUGAAUGUCCUGAUUCUUUCUAGAGCCUUACUGUGUCAAGUCAAUGCCCAUUCUGCGUCUGGCUUGGUUUGACUAGAAGAAACUCCUGUCACCCCGCUACGUCCAGUGGUCAGAGAAUUGCUGAGCUGGCCAGAGCCUCCUUCAUUCAGCAGUGCCUUGCCAUCUUGCUUAUAAAUUUGGUUAGACUAUCUUGCUGGGUAGGGCCUUGGACUCUGGCAAGGACUGAAUCAUCAAAGUUCCAAAUUUGCCUUCCCCACGGGGCCUCAGUCGUCAUGAGCUUUCUGAAGCUGGGGCCCCCUGCAGGCCUGGAGCUGCUACCUGGGGACCGCUCACCCCUUCCCUGGUUGGCAGGCUCACAUAGCCAUAUGAAUCUUAACAGGGCUCAACUGCCUUCCAGGCAGCAGGAACGUGCAGAGAGGUGGCUCGCACGCUGCCAGUGCUCGCAGGGCAGCUCCCUUGCUGCCCGCUUCACAACGCAUCUCAGUUGUUUUCCUCCUUACAAGUCCCUCUGGAGGUGUGGAGGCCUUAACACGCAAACACAUUUGGACACAUUGAUGAUACUUCCGCUGCUGCCACAAUUACAAGUGGAAUUAUGGGCUACCAAAGAAUUAAUUAAUGAAAAGCGCGGGCCAUCUGUCCUCAUGGCCAAAGCAGUCUUAACUGCGGUUGGAGUCUCUUUCCCCGGGAAACUACGUGUUCUUCAGAUUCUACCCCCGCCAGUUCCCAGUGCUGUCCCCAUGUCAGCGGGGCAGCGGUGUUGCCAUCUGAUUCUGCUUUCCUCUGUGUGCUGUUGCCAGCUUGCAUCCUUCCAGGCAGACACUCUGGCCUGGAAUGCUAGCAGGUGGAACAGUACCACCCACUGAGGCCGUGCGUUCUCCCCUAUUUCACCUUAUUCGCUUAUUCAAAACAGCCAAGUCAGCCUGCUCUGGGGUUUUGGAUCCUCACAGAGAAGAAAGGGAGGGGCUGUUCUUAUAGAAAGGGAAAAAUUGUUUGUAAGCCAGUCUGUCACUGGCUGGUUCUCUUUUCCAAGGGUUACACUGGAGGAGCACACCACCGACAGUGUGGCAAGCCCUGACCCCCAUGGAGGUGAAGUUCUGAACAUAGGCACUGUCAAUAGCACAAACCUCUAAAAUGCUCCUGCCUGUCCUUGCCCAGAGCCCCAGACAGUCAUGCACAGGAUAGUCAUCCUGCAAGAUUCUUCGUGGCAGACUUCUGCUCAGCACAGAGCAAGCCUCACCCCUGAAAAAUACUGGUGGAGAUAUUAAACUGCAACCUUUUGUACUUAAGACUUGACAGUUCAGCUCAGGAGACCGGAAGGUGCGUGUCUGGUGGGAAGGGCCUGGCAGCCUGUGCAGUGUUGCUUUAGGUGUGCUCAGUCCAACACGGGACCUAACCACGGAGCCUGGAUCCGCUCCCUGUCUGGUGUCUUCCUGUACGCUGCGGAGUCUAGUGGGGGAGGGUAACACCACAGUUCCCCCAGUUUGGUGGCCUGAACGGUGAUUUUAAUUGUCCCUUUUUUCUGGAUCCUUUGUACAAAUAAAACUCAUUCCAUGGAUGGCUGCCUUAUAAUUUUGUCUCUUUCCACUUUAAUUGUGAAUGGUUUAAAAAACGCUGUUUUCCGAUUUGUUUUAUGAUAUUAAAUUUUUAUUAGUGCGAA